AUGCGUCCUGUGGCGAGUAUCAGCGUGUGUGAUCCGUCCCUCAACAUUCAACGUCCAUAUACCGUGCUUUCACAUGACGCAGAGCAAGGUAUCCUCAGUAUUCUGGUGAAGCGAUAUGACGAUGGCGACAUGUCUCGCUUCAUUCAUGGAAAGCGCGUGGGUGGCACCUUACAACUUCGGGCUCAUCCAUCGGCAUACAUCAUGCCUGACUAUCAAGCUAGAGGGAUCCAACAAGUCAUGUGUGUGGUGGGUGGUACGGGCGUCGUGGUUGCUAUUCAACUGGCAGAGGCGCUGCUGAAACAGGCAGACACGAUGCCACGGGUGGGAAUCGUGUAUGCGAGUCGAUGUCGUCAAGAGCGUGUCUUGCAGGACAGACUCGAUGCGAUUGUUGAGCAGAGCAAUGGACACGUCACAGUUCGGUAUGUGGAGGAUGACACGGAAGGCUUCGUCUCACAAAAACACCUUCAGGACGCACUUGGACUGAAAUCAGGUUGGUUCAAGCAACCGACAGCAGACGGGAAUACAACACACGUCAUUGUCUGCGGCAGUGAUGGAUUCGUGGCACAUAUCGCUGGAUACAAACCCGAGCGGGGACAAGGCGAGGUGGGUGGACUCUUGGCACAGAUGCACCUCACACAAUCUGUUUGGAAGUUGUAG